AUGGCAGACGGAAACCUGGAUCUAAACAGCCUAAUUGCUUCCAUAAGUGCUGCAAUAACCCAAGCAGCCAAAAAUGCUGGCCAGGCAAGCAGCUCUUCAAUGACGCCGCCGUUUUCAAUGGAAAACUACAAGGCGGGCGAGGACGCAUCGGUACGCGAAUACUUCACACGAUUCGAAUGGGCAUUACAGCUGAGCAAAAUCCCAAUUGCUGAAUAUGAAAACUACAUCCGAGUCCAUAUGGGUCCAGAGCUUAAUUCCGCGUUGCGAAUUUUAAUAAGUCCACUAAAUCCGGAAGAUCUUCAGUUUACCGAAAUUAAAGAGGUGCUAAUUAACCACUUCGAUGGAAAGCGAAACACGUUCGCUGAGAGCUUUAAAUUCAGGCAGAUUCGUCAGGAAGCAGGAGAAUCAAUUGCGACAUAUGCGCUGCGUCUGCGACAAGCAGCAACAUAUUGUGAUUUCGGAUCUUUUCUAGAUAGAAUGCUAACGGAGCAAAUGCUCUUUGGAAUGGAGUCUCGCAAUGUUUUCAGUGCAACAGCGGGCAUGUUUAAGGGACCACCUGCAAAAGUUCACCUCAAAGCGGAUGCCAAGCCGAUAUUCGCACGACCAAGAGAGGUACCCUUUGCACUGAAGGAUGCUUACGCCAAGGAGAUCGAAUCAAAAAUUGCGGCAGGAUUUUACAAACGUGUCGAAUUUUCAGAGUGGGCAUCAACUACACAUGUAGUAACAAAGAAGAAUGGAGGCAUUCGCAUUACAGGCAAUUACAAACCUACAGUAAACCCGCAAAUGAUUAUCGACGAACAUCCCAUCCCGAGAGCAGAAGAUAUCUUUAACAAAAUGAGAGGAGCCACAGUAUUCGCUCACUUAGAUGUAACGGAUGCCUAUUCACACUUGCCUAUCGACGAGGAAUUUGGUCACGUGUUGACAUUAAACACUCCUACGCAUGGACUAAUUCGCCCAACACGUGCAGUCUAUGGCGCUGCAAAUAUACCUGCAAUUUGGCAGCGCACAAUGGAAUCUGUGCUUCACGGCAUUCCGAACAUUUUAAAUUUUUUCGAUGAUAUCUUGAUCUACGCUAAUAAUGUGGAGGAGCUUCUAAAAACCUUAGACAAAACAUUACGUACACUGAAGACCCUGGGGUUCAAGCUGAAUAAGAACAAGUGUGUAUUCGCCGCCCGAUCGAUCGAGUUUCUAGGUCAUAAGAUCAAUGAUCAGGGUAUUCAAAAAUCGAACAAACACGUUGAAGCCGUCCUUUAUGCACCAAUGCCGAAAUCAAUUGAGGACGUACAACUAUUUCUGGGAAAAGCAGCGUACUACACCAACUUCAUUCCAAACCUGGCCAGUUUAGAAAGACCGCUUAGGAAUCUCCUUAAGGAAGGCAAGUUUUAUUGGACUGCAAAUCACAAUUCGGCGUACAAUAGCAUUAAGGACUUGCUAGUAUCACCACAAGUAUUAAUGCCAUAUGACCCCUCGCUCCCACUGCUACUAGCAACAGACGCCAGCCCAACUGGUCUGGGUGCUGUUUUGUCACACCGCCUGAUGGAUGGAAAAGAGAGACCAAUAGCCUAUGCAAGUCGAACGCUGACUGGAACAGAACAGCGAUAUCCCCAGAUUGAUAAAGAGGCGCUCGCUAUCGUAUGGGCGGUGAACAGAUUCUUUAAGUAUCUGUACGCAAGGCAUUGGACCCUUAUAACAGACAAUAAGCCGCUUUCCCAGAUACUUCACCCAGUGAAAUCGUUACCAACGUUAUGCAUCUCGCGUAUGGCAAACUACGCCGACUUUUUGUCUAACUUUGACUUUGAGGUGAUAGCAAAAAGAUCCAAGGAAAAUUGCAAUGCCGACUACUUAUCCCGUUUGCCUAUCAUGGAAAAACAGAACUGCGACGAAGAAUCCGAUGCAUUUGACAACUUUGUAAUUCGCCAAAUUAGACAGCUACCAUUAACAUCUACUCGAAUAGCACUGGAGACAAGGAAAGAUGACCAGUUGGGAAAAAUAAUACAAGCGAUUGAAGGGGGCCAAUGCCUCAAGCGAGCAGGAUAUAAAGCUCCAGAACAUCACUACCAAGUCUCAUCUGGCUGCCUAAUUUACGAGCACAGAGUGGUAAUCCCGACCAAACUGAGGAAGUUGGUACUAGAAGAACUUCAUGGUGCUCACUUGGGUAUCGUCAAAAUGAAGAGCAUUGCUCGUUCGUUUACAUAUUGGCCAGGGAUUGAUAAGGACAUUGAAAACAUAGCCAAAUUAUGUGAGGAUUGCGCAAAAAAUGCUAAUUUUCCGCCGAAAUAUUCUCAGCAUCACUGGGAAUAUCCGAAAGCACCCUGGGAACGCGUGCAUAUCGACUAUGCUGGACCAUUUCAGGGCAAGAUGUUACUGAUAAUCACGGAUGCUUUCUCCAAAUGGCUAGACGUGGCAGUUACAAAAUCAAUCACAGCGUCAGCUACCAGCGCUUUACUGGAUAACCUUUUUGCGAAGUUUGGAGUACCCCAGAUGAUUGUUUCCGAUAACGGAACCAAUUUUAAAUCCGAGGAGUUCAACGAUUUUUUGACCAAAAUCGGAGUAAAAUACCAUAAGUACACAGCCCCAUAUCACCCCGCAACGAACGGACAAGCUGAGCGCAAUGUACAAACCGUCAAAGGUGCCCUUAAAGCAAUGGGUACUUCUUCUAGUUCCUUACAGGCAGAUCUCAACGAAUUCCUCCGUCAGAGAGUCUACUUUGCGACCUACACUCCGCGAAUGGAUAAGUGGGUGCCAGGAAAAAUUGUCAAGAACUCAGGUGACCUCCAUUAUGAAAUCGCCCACAACAACAAAAUCUAUAAGCGACAUAUUGACCAAAUAAGGAGCGCACUGGAGGGGGACAUUCAGGAACACCAAGAAGAAGUAAAUAUUUCGAGUCCCGCCUCUACCACCUACGGGAAGGAUGAGGAAGUAAACCACCACCACAACAGAUCCUUCGGCGAUCCACCAGAGUUCGUAAGCCGAGAGUAA